AUGUUUGAAAAAAUUCUUUAGAGAAUUUUAUUGACGUAUUUCGGUAAGUUUAUCACAGGGUUCGACCAGACCAAUUUGCAAUUAGGAAUUUGGAGUGGAAAUAUUGUGAUAGAAAAUGUAGCAUUGAAGCAAGAAAUCUUGGCAGAUUUGGAGUUACCAUUAGAAUUGAAAUUCAGCUCUAUAGGUAGGUUGAUAUUGAAAAUACCAUGGAAUAAACUAUCAUCUGCACCUGUGGAGGUAGUAUUAGAAAAUAUUUUAAUUGUCUUUAAUCCCUUGCCUUAAUAAAGAUGGAAUAUUGAUGAUUCCAUAUAAAUAAAAAGGAAAUUUAGUAAAUUAUUGGAGAAGGCUAGGUCAAGCAUUUCCCUUAAAAAGAAGGAGCCAGGGGAAAAUUCUAGUUAUUUCGAGAAAUUAACACUCAAGGUGAUUGACAAUCUUUAGGUUUCGUUAAAAAGUAUACAUUUUCGUUUUGAAGAUCAGAACUAUUCAUUCGGAAUAAAGAUGGAUUCUCUGACAGCAUUGACAACUAAUGAAUAGUUUGUAGUAGCCUUUGUUGAUAGAGGUGAUAAGGAUACAAAGUUUGUGCCCAGGAAUAAAUUAAUAGAUCUGUAAUAGUUAUAACUCUAUUGGAAUGCCAACGAGACAAUUUUUAUAUCUUAGUAUGUUCCAUAAGAAUAACUUAAAAUAUUUGAUUAGGUUAUUUAAAUAAGUGCUUAAUGCAAAAUGGUAAUAAAUCACAAGGAAAGAUUUGAGAAAGCUCACUAUUUAUUAGAUAUGUAAUUGGAAGAGAUUAAUCUAAAUUUGAAGCAUUCUCAAUUGAUUCAGAUGAUUUCAUUUUUGGAAUUAAUUUCCAAUUAUAAUAGUAGAGUAUGGUCUUAGAAACAAGAGUUAAUGUAAUUAGAUGUAAAUAUCCAUUAACAAACAUUUUGUGAUCUCUUCUUUUUGUUUUUGAAAAAUGAUAUGAAAGAAGUUGAAUAAUUAUCUGAGGAGGAUCAAAUCUUACAAUUUAAAAACAUAAUUAGAGUGGUACCAUUUAAAACGUUAGAAUCUUGGAGUGCAAUAGCAUAAAAAAAAUAUUUAUUAGACUUAAAGGUGUAAGAAUAUCAAAGAUAAAAAUCUAAGAAGGGUUGGUUUAGUUUUUUGGGAGGAUAAACAUAGGAGGAGGUUACUGAUUCUGAAUUAAAACAGUUGGAAGAUUUUAUAGACAAUGAAGAAACUAGUUUAGUGUGCAGGCCUUCUGAAUCAUUGAAAUUGAAAUUUAUUGCUAAAUUGAAGAAGGCUCAUAUCUAAUUAGUUAAAGACAACAACACAUUAUAGGAUGAAGGGAUAAUUAAAUAAUUAGAAUAGAUAGAUAUAGAUUGGGCUUAAUUUGAGAACAAGGAUUUUUCAUUUUCCAUGAUCGUUAAGAAAGUCAGUCUGUAAUUGGUAAAAAAUAGGCAAAUUGAAGAAAUUUGUUAGCCCACUUCAGAAACUAAUGAGUUUAUUAAAGUAUCCCUAACAAAAACAACUACCAGCAAGGUUUGUAGACUUGAUUUUCGAUUUCUAAUGUAAAGUUUAAGAAUAAAUUACAACCCUUGUAUAAUUAGGAUUAUUAGGGAAAUUACAGAAGUAAAGAAAGGAGACUAUGUAGAGCAGAGAUUGAAAACUGCAACAUGGAAUCAAAUAGAGAAAAUACAAGACUCAACGGAGUCAUCUUUGUAAAAUAUUUUGUAAUCAAAUAUACAAUUGAAAAUUGAUGCUAAGAUUUUGGAACCCAUUUUGGAACUAUCUAUUAAUAGUAAUGAGUUUUGGUUAGUGAAGAUGGAUAGCUUUCACAUUCGUACUAAGCCCUCUAAUCAAUAAGAUUUGUAUGAAAAUUUUGAGAUCUCUAUAAGCAAAUUCAAAUUCUUCUAUUAUCCAGAGAGAUUCGGAAAUCAAAUCUUUCAGAUCUUGAAUGACUAUAAUCUAGUAGUUUUAGUAUAAAGAUUGAAGAGUAUCCACAAUGAACUAAUUCUUAAGCAAAAUAAACCAUUAAUAAUAAUUCUCGGGAAACUCGAACCCAUAAACAUUAUGAUAAAUGAAAAAGUAUAUAAACAUUUAAUUUAUUUACCUGAAACUAUCUAUCCUACAUUAUCUGAAGAUUAAAGAUUAUAAUAAUUGCAAUUAGAGAAGUAGCUUAUAUUAAAGUAUAAAGUCAAGGAUGGGUAUUUGAAGAGACAAGGACAACUCAUUAAGACAUGGACUUCUUAGUAUGUUGUGUUAAGUAACUUUGAUUUGUAUUUUUAUGAUUAAGAGAAAAUUUUAAUGGCGAAUUCAUAAUUAAGUUUAUUUAAUUCAACUUUAGAAUCGUUACAAGUAGAUGAUUAGUUACAUUCCUUUAAAAUAAUAAAUAAGUAAGGAGAAUAUAUAUUCGCUUGUGAGAAUCAAGUUGAAUUAAGCGAUUGGAUUAAUAAAAUAAAACUAUAAAUAGAAUAAUACCAAUCAUAUGAGGAAAUUAAAUAGAAAUAAGAGGAAUAGAUAAAGGCUAAAUAAAAUGACAAGAUGUAAAUCGAUAUAUAAAUCAAGAAAAUACAAGUGAAAUUAUAUAAGGAAAAUAAUUAUCCAAGUGUUUAUCAAGAGCACCUUUUAUUUUUGUUCAAAUUGAAUAAUUUAAGUUUCUAAACCCUUAAAUAGCAGCAAAUCCAGCAAGUAAUUUAGGUUGAAAAUUUAUCCAUUUAAGAUUGGAUAUUUGAUUAUCAAAAUCCUUAGUUCUAGGAUUUGAUCAUAUUGAGUAAUAAGAUUGAAAAUCAGCCUUCAUUGAGAAUAGAUAUUGCUGGAAAGAAACAACUAAUAAAUGUAGAUUAAGUAUAAAUAAAUUGGAAACCUGAUACUUUUUUAAAGCUUAGAUAAUUAUCAUAAAUAAUAUCAGAUAGGAAAUCUAGAAAGUGGUAUUUUGCAGGAGUAAGAGAUUUCGAGGCAGAUCAAUUAAAAAGGGGCAAGAAUUGCGAUCACGAGGAAGUUAAACGAAACAAGCUAAUAGAUGGAUUAAAAAGAGCAUUUAACAAGUGUUAAAGAUACGGUUAAUCAAAUUUGAAAGUGAAGCAUAAGUUUAAUACUUUGAUUGACCAUUAGAAUUUCUUAAAUGAUUAUCAAUGGGUUGAGGAGGAGAUCUUGUCAUAAUAUCAAAUAAAAAGCAGCAAAGAUACGCUUAUGGAGUUGGAGACUUCUAUCAAUUUCAUCUCAAUUAAUUUCUUUCAUAGAACCAGUCAUUGCUUACUUUUUAAGUGUGAUUUAGAUGAAGUUAAGUUUACUUUUAAGAAAUUGUAAUUUAGUAAUUAUUUGGACACUCAACUGAAAGAUAUAAGUUUGUAUGAUAUGACUAAUUACCCCUUUACAAUAGAUAGUAAUCAAGAGUUCCAUUUGAUAUAGCCAUAGAAGUUAGUGGGAAAGAGAGAUGUAUAUGAUGAAUGGGCAGUCAGAUUUCGAUUCAGUGGAUACGAUGAAAUAAUCAUAGCAAAUCAAGAAAGAACCAAUGCGUUUUUAUUAAUUGAAAUUAAUCCUGUUUUUGCAAUCUAUCAACAUCAGCCAUUAAUGAGAUAGAUUGAUUAUAUAAUAAACUAAAUAGUUUCUUUGAUAAGAGAACCGGAUGCUUUAACAAUGAAUACUGAGUUUAUUGAAUAGAAAAGAAAGAAUAAUACGAGGUUAAAGGCCAAAAGAGUGUGGGGAGACAUCGAGUUAAUUUAAUCCAAAUUCAUUUGUCCAACCUUCAUUGACUUAAGAAUUAUAAUUAAUAAGCCAUUGGCAAUAAUCAAGGGAUGGCCCCAUUUCUCUGAAUAUUUUUAAUUGGAUUGCGAGGUGGUGGAAGUGUAUAAUAAAUAGUAUAUAGACAUGAGUAGAUUAUUGUAACCAGGGGGUAUUUCAUUAAUACAGUCACUUGAAUAAUGGAUGCCUGAUGGCAGAAUUAUAAAGGCCUGGAGUGAAGCUUAUUGCAUAGAAGGACAUAAUAUGUAACUUCAAUAUUAGGAGAAUGGGAUCAAUCAAGUCAGCACUCUGUUUGAAUUUAAUUUAUCCUUCGAAAGAGCUUUGCAUUACUUUGAAAUAAAUGAGUUGUACGAUAACGUGAAAAUGGAUAGGAGUAUCAGAAUUAGAUCAUGUAUGUCCCCAACUAUUUUGAAAUUAUACAGAAAAGAAUACUUGGAGAUAUGCAAAAUGAUUUUUCAUAACUUUACAAAUGAUGAUUUAAAGGAUAAACUCUACAUUCAUGAUUUUGAAGUGAGUCGUUCUUUUGAGCCAGCUCCAAUAUCGUUUUGGUUGGAUUUUGAAGAUAUCUCAAUUUUUGCUCUUAGUAAAAUGUCUGAAUAGCCAUUGGUGUAAGUGAAUAUGAAGUAAAUGAGAUUAGAGUGGCUAAAGGAGAAACACAUUGAUCUGAAUCUAUUCAGUCAAUUGAUCAGUAUGUAUAACUAUGAUGAUUAAAAUAAUGAAUUCAUGUUUGUGGGAGAGUUGAAUUUGAUACCAGAUCAAUAGAAACUCUUCCAAGUCAAUCAAUUAAUUAAAGGGUAUUAACCAACAAAAUAGAGAUCAGAAUUCAAUAAGUACAUAUUCGAUUAAGAAUUCAAUAAAGAGUAGUCUUAGUUCCAAAUGCUAUUCCAUAUUCAGAAGCCUAGUUCCGAUAAGGAAUGUCACAUAGUAUUAAGAAAUGUUAGAAUGAUAGUUGAGCCAACAGUGUUUGUAAAUGUGGGUUUGUGGAGUAGAUUGGAGUAGUAGUGUUGGCCCAUUCAGACGGAAUUCGGAGAGAUGCCAAGUAUUAAAUUGAUAGUUGAAAUCCUAAAUUCAAGUUUGUGUUUGUAGGGGUUGGAUAAUAAUUAUAUCCUUGGAACAAAGGGUGAUAUUUCGUAUGUUUGGAAUAGAAGUAGAUUCUUGCAUCCAGAACAAAUAAUUAUAAAUCUGAAAAAUGACUAAUUGGAUAAAAAGUUAGUGGAGGUGAUCGGAGAUGCAUUUGAGCAUAAGGUAAAUCUUAAGAAUUUGGAAUUGUUUAAAUGUAAAUUUGUGGAUUACAUCAAUUAUGAUCUGAAACAAGUGAGAAAGAGACAUAUCAUUUUGCCAUUCUCAUUAUUCUUCUGUCUAAAAAAUGAGUUACAAGUCGAAUACAGUAAGCAAUUCAUCUAUUAUCACAAUAAGUUCUCAUUUCACAUAGACAAAACAAUAUGCAAAUUCUCAUAUCAGGAUUUGCUAUUAAUAAUGAGUAUCUCAGAUAAAUUGAAAUCCAGCAAAUAGGAAGUUAUUCGUGAACCUAUCUAUUAAUAAGAGUAGGUUGUGAAUUAGGAAUAGCCAAUCAACAACUUAUACGAUGCAAUCAUUAGUGGAUUACAAAUUGUUGUGAUAAAUGACGCAGGAGAAGCAUAUGUCCCAGUAUUUGAUUUGACAUUGUCAGAGACUCAGUUAUAGUUUUAAAAAGUCAAUACGAAGUCAAUAUUCUCUACUGUAAUCAAAUUAAGUAGUUCAUUUUACAAUCCCAAAAUUGCAGUUUGGGAACCUAUUCUGGAGAGUUGUAAUUUUUCAGUUGAUGUCUCUUUAAAUCCCAAAGGAGAACCUCAGAGUAUCAUCUUCUUAGAAAUGACUCAGGAAUAGUAAACCAUGAAUAUCAAUUUAUCCGCACAGAUGAUCAGUGUGUUUCAUAAGACUUUUAUAUCUUGGAAAUAGGAGAUGGAGGAAAAUAAAAAGUUGAAAUAGUUACCUUUAGAGCAAUUCGAUAAAUAAUUGGAGAAAUCUUUCAGUAUUUAAUUAGAUAAGUCAUUACAAACUCUGUAAUAGCCUAAAUAAAAAUUACAGGAAUCAAUAUUCCAAGAUGAAAGAGUCGAUAAUGUCGAUUAUGUUUCUCCUUACACCAUUAGAAAUGAAACUGGAUUCAUACUUGAAAUUAGUGAUACUACUAAUAUCAAUAAGAAAUACAUAUUGUAAUCUAAUUCAUCUAUCAAUUACGAAAUCGAUGCUGAUUUUGAUUAAAUGUUUGGAAGAGAAAGAGAUGAUUUGCAAUAAUAAUAACAAAGAUUAGUGACCAUCAAGGUCAUCCAUAACAAAUACUAAUUCGAACCCAUGAAAUCCAUCGAUUUAGACUGCAUCAAGGUAACCAGAUGUCCAAUCAAACCGUUUAAUAGGAAUACUGAUAAGAUAUUCAUGUUGUUCGUGGAAGUAGUGCCCAAAGACACCAGAAAGUUGCUCUUGAUAUCUUCUGAAACCAUUAUCUUCAAUUAAACCAAUAUGAUCAUUGAUUUGCAAUUGUUCGAUUUGGAAGGAGUACAAGAGCAAAAUAUUUAUCAAGCACAAAUUGAACCUUAUAGAGCCUUUAGUGUGCCCAUUGACCGAACUAGAUAGUAUUUCAACUUUAAAUUCUCAGGACAUCCAAAAUAUAGCAAUUAUAUCAAUUUAAGAUAUUUAUCAGAUAAUAUCGAAAAGAGAUACGAGCAACAGCAUAAUGACUAUUAUACAAUUAUUAGAUGUUCUAAAAGAAAUGUGAAUUAAACUCUGGUGUAUUUGGAAUCCCCAUUUCAAAUUAAGAAUUGUCUACCUAUGCCAAUUUCAUAUGAGUUGUAUGGUGAUUCUGAACAAGACUUAUUAACCGAUUCUAUCAUAAUACAAUAACAGCCAAUAGAUAAUGAGUAAUCUAAUCUGACCAAUGUAACACUUAAACAUUUAGACAAAUACCAAUAUGAACACCUGCAUCAGAAAGAGAAGGGACAGAUUAUGAAAUAGGAGUAAAAAUUAAUACAUACAAUUUCAUCCAAAGGGAGAUUGGCAAUCACAAUAAAACUGCCCUUUUUCUAGAUUUCAGGAAUUCAUAUGUUGUAUCAUGCUAAAUUUGGUCCUUUCCAAGUUGACAACAUCCAACUAUGUGAUUAUUUUGGAAAUACAAAUGGAUAUGUGUUGAUUGAUCAGAUCAAGAAUGUAUUUUAUAUCUAUUGCCAAUAAAUGAUAGUAAAUGAAAUCCCCUUUAAAGUUUAUAGUUAUGGAGUGACAGACAUAAAGAAGACUAAUCCAUCCAUAAUAGCUGGUUAGCCUAUGAAGGAUUUGGAGGAGAAUGAUCAGAAUGAUACCCAUAACAUUACUCUAUUCAACGAUUAGUAAUAUCUAGCAUUUUCAAGCAGUGAGAACUAUACACAGUUUUCUGAAACUCUAAAUUUGAAUUACACAGGAAAUCAAACAGUGCGCAUUUAAAAUGAAUAAAAUUAAAUUAUAGAAGUAGGCUAUAAUAUAUCUUUAAUGUGUGUAGACAAAUAGAAACCCUUAGUAACCAAGGUAUUAACUAUUUCUCCAAGAUUUAUCAUAGUUAAUCAAACUCAAAACACUAUUCAUGUGUUGUAAGAAUCAAGCAAUUAAUACUUGGAGAUCAAGUCGAUGGAUAGACAACCUCUGGUUUGGUAUAAUCUACGUUACUAAUAUAUUUCUAUUCAUUAUCAAGAUGGAUUUAUUGAAUGGCAACCUACCAAUCCUAUUGAUCCCAAUGGCAACGGGUUCUAAUGUUUUACCAUUAGAGCUGCAAACAAUUUAUAAACUAUCAAGCACUUCAAUUGUAUAACUAAAAGAGACAACUAGAUAGUAUAUCUGAUUAUUUUAGAAUGCAAAUCGAUUGUCACCUAGAAUUCGAUCUAUGAUUAAUCACAAAGAAGCUCUAUGAUUUAAUAAUCAUAGUCAUAAAUAGUAAACAUCAACCAGGUGGAUCCUCCUUAUGUAAUAGUUAAUAAUUUGGAAUUAGUGACAUUGAUUUGUUAUCAAUAUUGCUGUUCAGACGAAAAGUAUAGUCAUCGUUAUUAAUUCAAUGAGUACAAGUUGUAUAUAAAUAACAACUAGCAAUGUGCAUUCUCUUGGGAAUAUCCCUGUGAAAGAAGGGAUCUAGUAAUACAACUCAAAUUUGAAGGGGAACUUAGUACACAUUAUAGAGUAAAUCCCAUUUUUAUCAAUCUUGAAGAGGCUGAGGCUGUGUAAGAGUAUGUCAUUUCAAGUGUAUUGAAUGAAUCAGAACAAUACAAAUUUUAUAUUAUUUCACUUUGGGAAGGUGCUAGCAGGAAAUUAAAGUUCUAAUAGGAAGUGCAGAACUAAUAAAAUUAACAUGACACAAAUAUUCUGAAAUUGGAUAUCAAUUUAAAUUAAGUAGGCAUAUCACUCAUAGACUAAUUCUAUAAAAAGAGAGUGGAAUUAAUAUAUGUCUAUUUCAAAGGCCUAGAAUUUAACUUAUUAUAGACAACGCAGAGUAGGAGAUCUGAAUUCAAAGUCAAAUACAUCAACAUCGAUAAUAACACAUCCAGUAAGACGAUGUUCCCUGUGAUUUUUACUCCUACGAAAUUCAAAGAGAUCUUUGAGUUUAAUAGAUCUCAUUUAUCUCUGAUACUCGAACAAUCCACAUAGGUCAAAUCGAUUUCAUUAAUCAAAAAUAUAAGAGCUUGUCUUCAACCAACAACAAUUAGAUUGACUUCUGAAAUGUUAGAAUAACUCUAUUCUGUUUAUAAAUAGAUCACAUUGUCAUUCAUAUCCAAUAUGAGAGUAGACGAUUAAUUGAAGUAGUUUGACUUUGAGUAUGCAAUCAGUUAAGAGGAGCAAUAGAACUUGCAUUAAGCAAAUAGUUUGACUCUAUCGAAUAAGGUCUAGAAUAAAUACGGAGUAGGAUCUUAUGGCAUUUUAAAUAGAGUAGAAUGGCAGCAGUUAAAGAUCGAGUUGAAUGAUUAAUAAGCAACCUAUAUCAACAAGAUUGAGAUCUAUCCUCUAAAUUUUAAUUUGACCUUUUACAGCAGUGCAAAGACCAAUCUACAAUACAAUAUGUUGAUGCAGAUAUUGAAGACAAUUGGUAUAGUCAUUGGAAAUAUCGAUGAGGCGCCUUUAAUUUUGGGAGGCAUAUUUUUAGAAAAUUCAUUUGAUACUUCUCAUGCCAUUCUAACUAAGUUGGCUACUCAUUAUAAAGAUAUGCUUUUUAAUCUCAUUCUAAAAUUGAUAGGUUCCAUUGAAAUCUUUGGUAAUCCUGUUGGUUUAGUGAAGCACAUUGCAAGGGGAGUUUAUGAUCUAUUUGAUAAACCCAUUGAAGGGUUCAUUAAGGGACCUAUAGAAGGUGGGAUUGGCAUAGCUAAAGGAGCUGGAAGUUUAGUGUAGAACACAGUGAGUGGAAUAUCGAAUUCAAUGAGCAAGAUUGCAGGUAGUAUUAGUGGUGGAUUGGCUUAUAUCAGUUUGGAUAAACAAUACAAACAGGAGAGAGAACAAUUUAGAGUUGUUAAACCUAAUUAGAUUGUAUCUGGAAUCUAUUUGGGAGGGAAACUGUUAUACGUGUCUGUGACCAGGGCUGUUGUAGGGGUGUUUGAUUUGCCUGUAAAUUAGGCGAAGAGAAAGGGGAUGAAAGGAUUAACUAUUGGAGUUCUAGAGGGUACGGCGGGGUUCUUUAUCAAACCGUUUGCUGGGGUGUUUGAUUUUGUGAGUAAGACAACUGAUGGCAUCAAAGCAACUGCUCAAUAUUGGGAUGACAAGGCAAAUGAUAAGAGGACCAGAGACAUCAGGGUAAUAUAUUAAUAGGAAUAAUUAUAUAAAAAUUAUAAUGCUAAGGAUGCUAAAAUUAUGCAAUUUUUAAUUAACAUGAAUAAUAAAUUUGAAGAUUAUUAUUAUUAUGAUAGUUUUGAAUAUGAGUCAGGAGGUACGGAAUUGGUUUUUGUUUUGAUGUAUUAACAAUUCUUCAAUUGCGACAGAAAGAAAAAAAGUUUCAUUUGGCAGAUCGAUCCAAUCAGUGUCCAAGAUAUUCAAAUGAUCAACGGUGGUGUUUUAUUCUUGUUAAAGGAAUACAAUGAGAAAUAUAAGGUAAUCUAUUGCGAGUUAUUCAAUAGGCCAAACAAGUGUAAUUGCAUAUGACAUAGGAGAGACAAAUGGAAUAAGUGAUAUUAAAAUCUUAAUGGCUCUUGAGUAAUAUUUGAUAUUAAUUAUUUUAACUCACUU